UGGCGCGCGGCCUGGGGACUCUGCCUGGCGCAGCUGGGCCUGGCGCAGAUCGACUUGAACAUCACUUGCCGCUACGCCGGCGUGUUCCACGUGGAGAAGAAUGGCCGCUACAGCAUCUCGCGGACGGAGGCCGCCGACCUCUGCAAGGCCUUCAACAGCUCGCUGCCCACCAUGGCCCAGAUGGAGAACGCGCGCAACCAUGGGUUUGAGACCUGCAGGUACGGCUUCAUAGAAGGGCAUGUGGUGAUUCCACGCAUCCACCCCAACUCCAUCUGCGCGGCCAACAACACGGGCGUGUACAUCCUCACGUCAAACACCUCCCAGUACGACACGUACUGCUACAACGCCUCAGCUCCUGCCGGAGAAGACUGCACCUCGGUCACGGACCUGCCCAAUGCCUUUGAAGGCCCCAUCACCAUCACCAUCGUCAACCGUGACGGCACCCGCUACGUCAAGAAGGGAGAGUACAGAACCAACCCCGAGGACAUCAGCCCCAGCACCCCCACGGACGACGACGGCAGCAGCGGGGCAUCCAGCGAGAGGAGCACCUCGGGGGGCUACAGCGUCUUCCACACCCACCUGCCCACGGCAUACCCGACCUCGGACCAGGACGGGCCCUGGGUGUCGCGCCACGCGGAGAGCAGCCCUGCCACCAGUAAGAGCGCUUGCUUACUGACCACCCCCGAAACACCAACCGGGAGACCAGGAGCACAGGACUGGUUUUCAUGGUGGUUUUCACCAUCAGAAGCCAAGAAUGAUCUUCACACCACAACGCAAAUGGCUGGUACGGAGUCAAAAACCGCCUCCAUGGGCUGGGAGCCCGACGCAGAAAAUGACGACGAAAGAGACAAACACCCGAGCUUUUCUGGAUCAGGCAUUGAUGACGACGAAGACUUUCUCUCCAGCACCAUUUCAGCCACGCCAUGGGCUCCUGACUACACAGAGCCGCACCAGGACUGGAGCCAGUGGAACCCAAGCCGCUCAUACUCGGAGGUGCUGCUUCCAACAGCCACACGGAGCACUGACGUAGACACAGGUGGCACCAGCACUCACGGAGGACACUGGACCCAGGAGCCUCAGCCGCCUCUCACCCACCACGGACAUCCCAGCGCCGAGGAGACACAGCCUCCUUCAAGCACGACAUCCUGGGCCCACACCAGCUACCCAAGCCAAACAGCACAGACGACAGUGCCUGGGCAGACGUCCCCGAUGGAUACGGAUCCCGGUCAGAGAACAGUGCAGCAGCCCACGGCAGGCCCAAGCCCAGGGCCGGUGGAAGAGGAGGACUGGACGGGACCUCUUUCAGUGACACAGCAGGGGCACCACUCCCAGAGCGUCUCCGCGUCUCAUGGUGGCUUGGAAGAAGACAGAGACCGUGCGGCCCCAUCUACGCCAACGUCCGGCACUAGCAGCGAUGCCCGAGGGGGAAGAAGAGGGCAGAGCCACCCCGGAGGCUCAGCGACCUUGCUGGAAGGCUAUACCCCUCAUGACCCCGACUCAGAGGAAAACUGGACCCUCAGCCCAGGGACCCUGGCCGAGACCAGGGCCUUUGGAGAUUCUGAAGUCACGGCCUCUGGGGGUCCCACCCCUAGUGGUGAUGACGCCUUCUCAGGAGACCGGGCUGCAUCCGACCCCAGCGGGGACUCUCACACCACCAAUGGAUCUGAAUCAGCUGGACACUCAGGUGGGAGCCGAAACGGCGGGGCAAGCACGACCUCCGGACCUGCCAGGAAGCCCCAAAUUCCAGAGUGGCUGAUCAUCCUGGCAGCCCUGCUGGCCCUGGUGCUGAUCCUGGCCGUGUGCAUUGCUGUCAACAGUCGCCGCAGGUGCGGGCAGAAGAAGAAGCUGGUGAUCAACAGUGGGAACGGGGCGGUGGAGGACAGGAAGCCGAGCGGCCUCAAUGGGGAGGCCAGCAAGUCCCAGGAGAUGGUGCACCUGGUGGCCAAAGAAUCCUCUGAAAGCCCAGACCAGUUCACGAGCGCCGACGAGACGCGGAACCUGCAGAACGUGGACAUGAAGAUUGGGGUGUAGCCACACGGAGACCUGACCACCCGGGGCUGGGACACUGAACAGAUGCAGCGUGCUACUGAUCAUUCUGCUGGGAAUCUUGUUUAGCAUACAGUUUUCUACUCCCUUGUGUCUUUUUGUGUGUCUUAAAGUCAGAUCCAACCUGAAAACCAGCACUGCUUUCUGAAACGAGGCCCGUUCGUGGUGCUGCCAUUCCGGUCCCACCCAGAGUCCUCCUGCACCCUUAGCGUGCAUACGUGGCUGCUAACAAAAGCCACAGGUACAGCUUCUGGGUCCCCUGCUUCCCCCACCUGCUCCCAGGUAACAGCCACCAGUGGGGGACGCUUCCCAGGGCUAAGCGGGUCCCUGGGGGACGCCCAGUGGGCUCCUUCUGCCCUCGUGUUCCCUGGGCAUCACUUUCUGGUGGGGGAGGGGCGAGUGGACACAGCCCCUUCAGCAGACCCUCCGGAAAACUUCAGACAUAUCUGGGAGACAUCCAAAGGGCGAAGCUAUUUAUGCAUAGUCAGCUAUUUAUCUGUGUUUUCGAAAUAUUCAACCCCGGCCAGAGGUCCUUGGACCCACAUGAUUUUUAUAAGUGACCUUGUCAGAGGCAUAAAAGAGUUCAAGCUCAUUCCUAAUAAACAUCUAUGCUUCUUC